UGAAACUAGAACUUCAACGCUUGUUUGGCAAUUAUUGUUAAUUUAAUUUAUUAAAAAUAUUUUACACACUUUAUUAGAGGAAAUUUUCGGAACAGCGAAUACCAGAGGACAGGCAUCCACACGAAAUGGAGGAGCUGCGCGGGAACGAGACACGCGAGUCCUUCGUGGGCGACUACAAGCUGCAAGGCCAGUUCGACAAGGGCACCUUCGGAGACAUCUACCUGGCCACAUCUCUGUACACCGGCGAGCGCUGUGCCGUCAAGAUGGAGAAGGCGGGCAUAAAGUACCCACAGCUGGCCUACGAGUAUCGCGUGUACAAGGCAAUCCGACCGGCCUUGGGGCUGCCUUACAUCCACUACUUCUGCGAGGAGGACGAAUAUUGCGCGCUAGUCAUGCAGCUGCUGGGACCAUCGCUAAGCUAUUUGUUCGAGUUCUGCAGUCGAACGUUUACCAUGAAGACCGUGCUGAUGCUGGCGGAUGAGAUGCUUUCGCGCCUGGAGUAUGUGCACGGGCGCGGCUUUGUGCAUCGCGACAUCAAGCCGGAUAACUUUCUGAUCGGCCGCGACACUACAUGCAAGCGGGUGCAUCUGAUAGACUUCGGCCUGGCCAAGAAGUACUGGGACCCCAUUACCCAUGUGCACAUACCCUAUCGGGAGAACAGCUGCCUGACGGGCACAGCGCGCUAUGCGUCCAUCGCUGCGCACGAGGGCCUGGAGCAGUCGCGCCGCGAUGAUCUGAUCUCCGUUGGCUAUGUGCUCCUAUAUUUCCUACGGGGCAACCUGCCCUGGCAGGGUCUGGUGGCCAGCACCAAGCAUGAGAAAUACCAGGCCAUCUACGCGAUGAAGUGCUCCAUUAGCAACGAGGUGCUCUGCCAGAACUAUCCCAGCGAGUUUACCAUGUACAUGAACUACUGCCACAAGUUGAGCUUCGAUGCCAAGCCGGACUACAACAAGCUGCGCAAGAUGUUCCGUCAGCUGAGCAUCAAGCUGUACUUUAAAAACGAUCAGAUCUUUGACUGGGAGAGACUUACUUUGGAGUUUCAUGGCAACCAGAAAAAUCCUGGCGUGGGUCAACGGGUGUAUCCGGCUAAGUGCCGGCCGGAUGAUGCACUAAGUGGUCAUCCAAUUAUACGCGACGACAAAGCCAUUGGAUUUAGCUAAGGUAAAUGGAGCUAGUUCCAAAAAUCCUGAACUAGUUCCAAAAUACGUGAACUAGUUCCAAGAAUUAUGAGCUGAUUCCAAAACACGUGAAUUUAUUCCAAUAUUUGUAAACUAGUUGCAAAAUUUGUGAACUAGUUCCAAAAUUUGCGAACUAGUUCGUCAAAAAUAUUAACUCAUUUUAAGCUAGCGGAGGUUAUUCGGCAACCAACUAGUGCCAAAUGAUUCGACAUGAAGUAUGGUUCCAGAAUUAUCCGUAAUAGACAACUAAAUUGUAAAUAUAUUGUAAUGUAUGUGAACCAAUUUAAAUUUUCAUAAAAGAUUGUGAACUGGUUCCAAUUGUACACUGGUCCAAGCAAGCUAGUUCCAAUUAAAUAUUUUACAAUAAUUCCAAUCACAAAUGUU